AUGGAGUUGUUCAAUGAGAUAGUCAAGUUCAAGAAGAUGUUAAUGAAUGAGUUUGAGAUGACUGAUAUGAGAAAUAUGGUUCAACUUAAGGAUAGUCAAUCUUGGUUGAUGAAGCAUUUGCUCCAAUCCAGGGUGCUGUAUCAGGAGCUAAACAUAAGCAAUGGUGGGAUGUUUCAUGCUAAGAGAGUGUAUAAUGCUGUAAUAGGUACUGAAUCCAGACCUGCCUGGAGGCAUCUGAUGUUUGGGAACUUUGCUAGGCCACGGGCUGUGUUCAUCUUUUGGCUUGUUUGCAAUGGGAGACUGGCUACGAAGGCUAGACUGAAGAAAUAUGGUAUGAUUAGUGAGGAUAAUUGUUGUUUCUGUCAGGAAAAGGAAACUUUGAACCACCUGUUUUUCUGCUGUCCCGGUUUGAAGAAUAUUUGGGUUAAGGUACUUAGAUGGAUCCAAGUUAACCAUACCCCUUUGCCUUGGGAUGGUAAAUUGGAUUGGCUCACUAGAAAUUGCAAAGGGAAGAGUUGGCGAGCUAGUCUUAUUAAGUGUGCCAUCACAGAGGCUAUUUACUCGAUUUGGAGCUUACGGAACAAUAGAGUGUUUGGUCAUACUACUGUUAGAGGUGAUAUAGAUAAGGAAAUCAUAGAUAGAAUUGUGUAUAGAAUUUGGAAUGUCAGGAAAUAUAGGAGUUAUAUUGCAGGCCUUAUGACAUAG